GAUGUGAUUGUUGUUGGUGGCGGCUUUUCAGGGGUCAUGGCCGCAUAUGAAUUGAACCAAGCUGGUUACUCCGUGAUUGUUUUAGAAGCCAAGCAUCGUAUCGGAGGUCGCAGUCGAUCUCAACGACUUAAAACCAAUCCGGAUGCGAUUGUUGAGCUUGGCGCGACAUGGAUUAAUGAGAAGACGCAACCUACAAUCUAUGCACUGACGAAAAGGUUUGGAUUGAAAACCGAAGCUCAACAUACCGAGGGCGACCAGAUCUACCAAGGGUACGAUGGGAAAAUUUACAGGUGUGAUAUGAAUCAGAAUCACAACGAAAACGCCCAACACGUGCAAAAGUUCGUCAACCUUCUGGAUGAAGCUGCUGAAAAAUGUAAUAUUCACACUUUCGACGAGUUUCCGGAAGCUGAGGAUGUUACAAUGGCUGAAUGGGUGGCCCAAAAAGGCCUCGCGGACAACCCGGCUGUUACCGCCACUUGCCGAUUGCUGUGCUCCGCAGUCGUUGGCCGUGAGCCAGAAGAAAUUGGAGCACAUUAUUUCUUGGACUACAUCAAAUCAAGCUACGGAUACGUGAGUGUCGUAAGCGAAGGCGAUGAAGGCGCUCAGUCACUCAAAAUCAAAACCGGUACUUCAUCUAUCGUUGAUGCUCUGGCAAAUACGCUGCCUUCUGGAUCUGUGAUGCUUCACAGCCCGGUUGACAGCAUCUCCCAGUACACCGAUAACGAAGUCCAUGUCACAACCAGCAGCGGCACAAUCUACAAGGCUAAAAAGGUCAUCAUGGCCAUCCCAACAAAUACAUACGUAAACAUACAGUUUACUCCGCCACUGCCAUCUGCAAAGAAAGCUCUCGUCACCAGAACAAAACCAGGUGUUUAUGCAAAGGCCAUCUUGACCUACUCCUCGCCGUGGUGGCGAGAGGUCGGUCUUUUGGGCAAGUUUGAAUCCGUGAUUGGCCCCAUUUGUUUUAGCUGGGAUGUCAGUGACAUUUCGAAGAAGCAAUAUAGCCUGGCAAUAUUUGUUGCCGGUAGGGUCGCCACCGAGUGGCACAAACUGGAUGAAUUAGCGCGAGAAGAAGCCAUCAUCGAGCAUCUGGCGACGCUUGUGGGUGAGACUUCUUCUCUUGCAGACAAAGCCCGCAAUAUCCUAGAAUUCAACAUGGUAGAAUGGACAAAGGAAGAGUAUAUCGGUGGUGCACCGACCAGCGUUUUGGGCCCCGGUAUGCUUAAAAAGUAUGGGGCAGUGCUCAGAGAGCCCGUGGGAAAUAUUCAUUUUGGCGGUGGAGAGACGGCAUAUGAGUGGAAGGGGUAUAUGGAGGGUGCUAUUACUGCUGGACAACGAGCCGCCAAAGAGGUCGUUGA